CGAGCACAAAUAUUGGACCGGGAAGAAAAAAGGGGAAAAAAGGAAAGUCUAAGUACGUAUGGCACGAAAAGGAAAUCCAAUUUCGGUAAGACUUGAUCUGAAUCGUAGUUCAGAUUCAAGUUGGUUCAGUGAUUAUUAUUAUGGGAAAUCACUGUAUCAAGAUCUCAAUCUGAGAUCUUAUUUCGGUUCGAUACGUCCACCUACGAGACUCACCUUUGGCUUUCGCCUCGGUAGGUGUAUUAUUAUACAUUUUCCCAAAAGAACAUUCAUUCAUUUCUUUCUUCCCCGUCGACCACGACGACUAAAACGACGCGAAAAAUCCAGACCCGGAAAGGCGAAGGGCCGGUGGUGGGAAUUUGGGAAAGUCGGGCCGAUCGGGUGUCUUCAUUCAAGCGACGGUACAGAAGAAGAACGAAAGGAAGUGAGAGGCCGGGGGUCGGGGAAAAGAGUCGAGUCGAUCAGGCUCGACGAUCGGAAGAAGCAAAACGAAAUCAGGAUUUGGCCGAAAAAGAAGCAAGGCUAUGGAUACCAUGACCGAUCACCAUCGAUAAAGAAGAAUCUUUCUAAAUCACUUCGGGUCAGCGGGGCCUUCAAGCAUCCGAAAUACGCCGGGGUUGUAAAUGGCAUAGCAUUCCUGAUAGAAAAUGACGACUCCUUCAUAAAAACGAAGUUAUUCUUGUUCUUUUUCCCAAAGAAGUCCCGCUCCGACGGCCCGACGAGUCAUCUACAACAAAGGACCCUCCCCGCAGUGCGCUCUUCCUUGAAUUAUUCGGUCAUGCAAUACUUAUUGAAUACAAAGAACAAAAUGCAUUUCGACCCCGUCGUAGUUCUCAAUCAUUUCGUGGCACCGGGCGUGGCUGAACCAUCUACGAUGGGGGGAGCUAAUGCACAGGAAAGAAGCUUAGAUAAGAGAAUACGUUCUCGCAUCGCUUUUUUUGUAGAAAGCUCGACCAGCGAUUUGGCCGAAGCCAAAAAGGGGUUGACCCACUUCAUUCGCCAAGCGAAUGAUCUUCGCUUCGCGGGAACAACAAAAACCACCAUCUCGCUCUUUCCUUUCUUCGGUGCUACCUUUUUUUUUCUAAGGGAUGGGGUUGGGGUGUAUAAUAACCUUUUUUUUGAGAAUGCCCGGGAACAACUCCUAGGUCAAUGUUGGAGAAAAUGUUGGAACCUCAUGGCUAAGGAUAAGGUAAUGGAAUUGAUAGAAAAAUUCAUAGACCUAGGUAGGAUAGGAGAAUUGAUAAAGGGAAUAGAGAUGAUGAUAGAGAUCAUACUGAGAAACAGAAGAAUUCCGUACGGGUACAACUCUUAUUUGAACGAAGUGAAAAAAAUGCGAUCUUUGUUGUCUAAUAGAACAAACACUAAUACCUUAAUUGAAUCGGUCAAGAUCAAAUCUGUUUAUCAAAGUGCUUCUCCGAUUGCUCAAGACAUCUCUUUUCAACUGAGGACCAAAAAAACAAGAUCAUUUCGUUCCAUUUUUAGUAAAAUAGUUAAGAAUAUUCCAUUAGUAAUGAAAAAGAGGGUUACGGGGAUCCGUAUAUGUUGUUCAGGUCGAUCAAAAGGUGCAAAAAUAGCUAGAACUGAAUGCGGAAAGUAUGGAAAAAUAUCUCGUAAUGUAUUUAACCAGAAAAUCGAUUAUGCUCCUGCGGAAGUAUCUACUCGUUACGGAAUCUUAGGUGUCAAAGUGUGGAUUUCAUAUAGUCAAAAAAGAAAGGGGCGUGCUAUAUCCAAAACGUACGAAAUAUACUAAAUAUCGUAAAGGCAGAUGUAGUAGGGGUUGCAAAGCGGACGGUACACAACUUGGUUUUGGAAGAUAUGGCACUAAAAGUUGUAGAGCAGGUCGUCUUUCAUAUCGAGCCAUUGAAGCAGCGCGUCGGGCUAUAA